AUGGCAUUUGCUAGCUCGAGGACAUGUCCACGGCAGAGGUCGCAGCUGCUCUCUGGAGAAGACAUUGCAGACGACGCUGGCAAGAAAGUGGCAGAUUCCGUUUCUCCCUGGGCGACAUAUAUCCACUAUGAUGUGAGCAAAGAGCCGGAUGUAAGCGCAGCGGUAGAUAUGGCCAUGGAAAAGCACGGAAAACUGGACAUUGUGUAUAAUAAUGCAGGAACCGUCGACAACCAAAAACUGAGCGUAGACUAUGAUAUGCAGGAAUUUGAGCGAGUGAUGAAUGUAAAUGUAAAAGGAGUAAUGCAAGGCAUUAAGCACGCAGCCCGAGUUAUGAUUCCCAAGAGAAAGGGCAGCAUUAUCUGA